UGCAGAAUCACACAUCACGUUUGAGCUGCACUGCAAAAGCAUUUAUACUUUUUUGUAAUCAUAUGUGCUCUUUUGUCAUUACUAUGGGAUUUCUAAUGUAUUAGAUGGCAAAAGAAACAUAUUCCGAUGCAUGUAAAUGCAGAGACAGGCACGAAUGUGUUUAUGUUACUAUUUAUUAAUACCACAUGUUUGUGAAACUUCCCUUUCCACUUGAGGAAGUGACAGUCUGUUCAUGCUCAUUGGACGUAACUUGUAAGCAUCUUUAUUCCUUUUAUAGUAACAGAAACCAAGAAUCUGAACAAUAAUAAUAAUACGCGUGCGUGUGUGUGUGUGUGUGUUGUGCCUAUUGUCUAAAACUAAAUCUUGUAGGAUAAGCCAGUAAGAAAUUAACUGGCUUAUCCUACAAGAGACUCUCGUGUUAAAAUGUUCAAUGUUAUUAUGAAAAAAAGUGUUUCCAGCUUAAAGUGGUUUGGCCGGUGUGGACAGCGCCCACCUUCAUAAAAACUGUGAUUCUUUUAUUUACUCAUUCAUCUGGACACUCGUAAGGCUGAUACGUAAGAACACAGGCAGCUGGAGCAACAGCUGUGUGCUCGGCCUCGCCUCCACUGAGCUGUGCCUGUCGCAGUAUUUUGAUGCAUUUAAUAAAACUAAUCGUUGAAUGGAAAUCUGUCUGUGACCAGUUUACAGUUUUUACACAUUUUGGUUUUUUGUCUGUUUUACAGUUCUGGUCAAAUUCUUUUUUCCCAUCAAGUUUUUGUUUCCAUUCAUAAUAAUUUGCUACAAUUUCUUAUGCUUUUAUUGUUCUUGUUUAUUGACUUUAAAAAGUGCAAUAUAAAUAAAUAACCAGAAUAUAAAUGAUGUAGUAGUUCAUCACAUCUCCGGUUAUUGCAGCGUGUGAAGUGCAGAAAGAACGUGUAAACUGGGGUAAACUGCACAGACAAAUGAGAAUUAAAGUCCACUGAGAAUUAAAAGGGGCUCGCAGUAACUUCCGGGACAAAUUCAUCAAAUACAUCACCAAAUAAAAGUGUUUGUGUUCAACACCACCACUCUCUCCACGGUUAUGACCCACAGGAUCCUCCCUGUCUAACAGGAUACAAGUGGCAAAGUUAUCACAUCAUUUAGUGUUUAAUGGAGUUCUUUUGUCAUCAUUUUGAGGAAUGUUAAGUCAAUAAAUUUGCUAAAUAGUGUGAAUUGAAUAUUGUUCAUUACAUCAGGACAACGGUUUGGCUGAUCCAUGAUUACUGUGUGAAGGUUUGAUUAAUUUUUCUUUAUGAGGUGCAGUGAUGACAGACACCUCACCACUGCAGAGUCUCACUGCUCCUUGGGCCAGACGAGUUGCAAAAAUUGCGAUCACUCGCCUCUUCCUUUUUCGUACUGUGACAGACAUUUUUCAUCACAACGUUUUCACCUAACACGAUGUCUCACAACGACAUCGAUCAUCAGUUAAGAAACAAUGCGGACGUUGCACCAGACAGAUAUGUGACAGGUUGGUUUGUUGGGUUAAAGCCCAAAUGUGUUAACUGCUCUUAGCGUAACGGUGUGUUACAGAAGCAACAUAAUUCCGAGAUCAGGCAUGUGUAUGAACACGUUGAGGAGUUAUAGGAAGAGGAACCGCGGGUUUGUUCUUUGCCAGUUACAGCUGGAAUUUCAUAUUGUUUUAUGGUGCGUGUGUGGGCAUGUGGGUGGGGUGUCAGUAACAUUCUUUUAACAGUCCGCUCCUGUUGAGGCCAGUUUUAGUUUUCUUUGCGCUGAAGGCAAUUUGGCUUUUAAUGAUGGAGGAAGAAGUCAAUUAUUCCACAAUGGUUUUCAAAACUGGUGCUUCACUAACAAAAGAAAAAAUCCAGGACUCAACCAUUUAUUCUGAAGUUAAAUCUAAAGCGCCUGCUGGUCCUCCUCCUGCACCUGAAAAAAACGAGGACCCGGCCAUUUAUUCUGAAGUUAAAUCUAAAGCGCCUGCUGGUCCUCCUCCUGCACCUGAAGCAGAAGGCAAAGCAGCUGCAUGCUCCAAUUUCCGUCUACUGCUGGCAUGUUUGGAGAUCCUUUGUGUCCUCCUGCUGGUGGGCAUCAUCGCCAUCAUCUACAUGAGUUUGCUAUUUAAGGUAGAGGCAGCAAACCUCAGUAACCUCACAGCAGAACAUCAGCAGUUGGCCAUGGAGAAGGAAAUCUCAGACAAUAAAACUCGGGAGCUGAGAAGAGAGAGAGACAAUCUCAACUGCACGCUGGAAGUCAUCCUGAAGUUUGAUAACUUUCCAGUAAAAGAUUACUGUCCUAAUAAACAGUGCCAGCCAUGCCGCAGUGGCUGGAUCCUAUUUAAGAACAAGUGCUACCUGUUUUACAAUGAGAACGCCCCCUGGAAAACUUGGGAGCAAAGCCGAGAGUAUUGCCAAGGCAAAGCUGCAGAUCUGGUUGUUGUUGACGAUCUCGAAGAGCAGGAAUUUCUCAGUAGUCACAUAACAUAUUACUAUAGUACAGACCACGGAUACUUUAUUGGGUUACAGAAGACAGCAAAUAACUGGGUCUGGAUUGAUGGACACAAUGACACGCUGAGUUACUGGAUGAAGGAGAUGUCAGACACUUCAGUCUCAUAUGUGCUGAUCAUCCCUGGGACGAAUGCCACAAAAAGCUGGUUCAAAGCGAAAGGUGACUUUCAGAACAAAUUCAUCUGUGAGACAGACGCCCUGCUUUUGUCCACUUAGUUUCAGCUGCCGUUCUCUGUGUGCUCUUCCACGUUGCCAUCCAUGCUCCAGAUACUGUCUGCAUUAUUCGUUUCUCAUCUUUAUAAUGGAGGAUGGAGAACUUGUAGUUUUUCAGCUGCUGCAACUAUUUAUGAAAACAGACUUUGAGCAGACCAGUGUGUGUGUCGCCAAAAGGCAGAAAUAAUGCAACACUGUACUUUUACACCGCACAACAUUGCAUGUAUUGAUUACAUAAUUCAUGUUGCAAGUUCCAUCCCGUGUCAACCUCAACGCUGUCUCCAUCUGUCUCUGUUGCAAAGUGACGGAGGUUCAAGGAAAAGUUGAAAGUUCAACUUUUGGGGUUUUGUUAAUCAUCUAUUUAAAAUGACAGCAUGAUGCAGAUGUUUCAAAGCCCUUUUUGAUGGAAAGCCAGUCACUGCACUUCACAUGUUCAGCAGGCAUAUUUCUCUUUUUAACUUUUUAAUUCAUCUAGGAAGAAAUUUGAGAUACAGUAACACUUUAAGGAUUUUUUCUGAGCCACCGUAGCAAUGACAAAAAGUCGAGUCAACAAGAUUUUUCGACCGUUUUGUUAUUUUUAAUAGUGAAGUGAGGAUAGUGUUCAGCAUCUGAACACCCACUGAGCUGUCAGUUUAAAGAAAAAUUUAAAUCACAACCAACGCUGAUGUUGAAACUCAGGUAAAUGAAGGUCGAACAUAUAUUUAAUUAAUAAAAUGAUCCAAAAGAUCAUAAAAAGACACAUUUAUUCUACUAUUCAGUUUUUUAAUCUUUGGUGACUCGAACAAAGAUAUUUGGUUGGAAUUGAAGGCAAAAGGGUCGUUUUUUGUUGUUACCAUGGACGCAUUCUUCUCACAUCUUGAUUAAAGGAACAGUUCACCCAAAAAUCUUUUCCCCCUCUGGCCUGUAGUGCUAUUUAUCCAUCUGGGUUAGAGUUGCCAGGUUUUCCAGAUAUCCACUGAAGACACAUCUGCUUUCUCUUAAAUACAGUGUCCGGCAGCCUCGCCUCCGUCAGUGCGCCCAAGGGUGGCUGUGGCUACAAUGUAGCUGCCAUCACCAGUGUGUGAAUGGGUGGAUGACUGGAUAUGUAAAGCGCUUUGGGGUCCUCAGGGACUAGUAAAGCGCUAUAUAAAUACAGGCCAUUUACAGUG